ACGAAUUACCAGUAAGUACUUAACCCAAGGUACCACUGUAAUGGACCAUAUUUGCUGAUACCAUUCAUUCAUUAGAUUGUCCUCUUAAGUUUUCCCCAUCAUUUGGCUAUUGUUAUAACCUGGCUGCUAUUAAUGCAGGUUUUCAUCAGAACCAUUCAUUAAAAACAGGAUGCUACCACUUUAAACAGCCAUGACUUCCCCCAAAGAAUACUGGGAACUGUAGCUUGUUCAGGGUGCUGAGAGUUCUUAAGAGGCCCUUCUUCCUCUCACAGAGCUACAAUUCCCAGAGUUCCCUGGGAAAAGGGGGUUGAUGGUUACAUCCCUCUGAAGUCAUGACCAUUUUUUAAAGCAAGUGCUGAAAAAGAGUUAUGGGAAAGAGAAAGCAGCAAGGAUGGGCAGGCAAGACUGGAUAGACGUUUCAGGACCACGGACAGCUCCAAAACAAGCAAGUUGCUCUGGCAGAGGACGGCGUGGCUGAGGUCCCUCGAGCAGGAUGUCUGCCGAAGCUCCUUCAGGCGUAGUAGACCUUGGGAAGAGGACCCUCAAGAAACCGUGCUCCUUCACCAUCGAGAACAUCCUCUCCGGCUCGGCCGAGCGAAGACCCCCUGUCCUCCUCCCGUUCUGCUUCCGAGGGGUCUUGGACUGUGAGCCCAAGGGGCUGCGUUCCCUGGGGGGCAUGGCUGCUGGCCCCCUGCAGCAGGAGGAGGACGAGGUGGAAGAGACAGAGGUGGACGCUGCGCCUUGCGGCUGCUGCUGCUGUGUUCACAGCGGUCCCUACUCCUGGCAGGAGGCUGCAAACUGGCUCACAGAUGCAAGGUUUCCCUGGCCCAUGCGGGUUUUCCAUCCUGUCGGCAGGCCGUGCAAGAACCCUCGCGGGAGCCAGAGCGAGCUGCAAGCUUUCCACCAGAUUCAGCGCCGGACCCGCCGCCACCGCACCAUCUUCACGGACGACCAGCUGCAGGCCCUGGAAGCCCUCUUCCACCAGAACCAGUACCCAGAUGUCAUUACCAGAGAGCACCUGGCUAACCGGAUUCACCUGAAGGAAGAGAGAGUGGAGGUUUGGUUUAAGAAUCGGCGAGCCAAGUGGCGGCAUCAAAAGAGAGCUUCGGCUUCGGCGCUCGUCCUUCAAGGUGCCAAGAAGUCUUCUGAGGGAAACUGCUGAGGACUGGGAGGGAAGGCUGGAUUUGACAAGCGCUGAAGGUCCCAUUGGCUUCUGAGCAUCUCGACGGGAGAAAGCAAGGAGAAACGGAACGGCGAUGCGAAAUGGAGAGGAAUCCUCACAGUUCAUUAAGAGGAGAAAGGAGAGAUUGUAUAUUUUCAAGGGGGGCCGGAAUAUAAAGCGUUCAACCCACUGUAACAAAACAUUAAUAAAAUAAAUGAUCCCCAAGACAUGUUUGAUCUUUGGAAGCAUAAAGUAAGGGUGCGGCUUAGAGCACCUGGUUUGGAUUCGGAAGGCUCAGGUUCAACCCGUGACACCUGCAGGUGUAGGGCUGGGAAGACACCCUGUCUGAAAUCCUGGAGAGCAGCAGCUGCCAGCCAGUGUUGUCAAUCCUGAGCUGAAUGGGCCAAUAUCUGACUCCAUAUAAAACAACCUCUCCUGUUUCUAUUUAAUUCAAUCAAUCAAUCAAUCAAUCAAUCAAUCUUUAUUACGGUCCAGAGACCCGACAAAUCAUUACAAAUCAAUACACAA